AUGCCAAUGGCCGAGACCUCACUGUCUCCCGAAAGGGAGGACAACACAACUGUGCCAGACUUGAAAACGCAGACCCAAGAUGGCAGGUAUCCAAGCGAGGUACUAGAAGAUGAAGUAUGGGAUGGACCAGAUGAUCCUGAUAAUCCUCUCAACUGGAGUCCAAGUCAGAAAUGGAGCAUCAUCUUGCUCAUUUCAACAAUUACUCUUGUUUUUUCUUCCUCGUCUUCGAUCUUUGGUCCAGCCUUGCCUGAGUUCUUGAGAGAGUUUGAUUCGAAGAGCGACACGAUUGCCACACUCACGAUCUCGGAAUAUGCUGCUGGCUACAUAUUAGGGCCACUGGUGAUUGCCCCACUCAGUGAACUGUAUGGCAGACUUCCAGUCGUUCACGCCUCGAACUUGGUGUUCGUUGUGUUCACCGUAGCAUGCGCUGUGAGUUCUGAUAUUCCCAUGUUUAUAACCUUCCGGCUCGGUCAAGCUUUCUCUGUAUACGGGACCGGAACUCUUGGCCCAAGCUUUAUUGCGGAUUUGAUGCCAAUUGAGCGUCGAGGCCUCGCGAUGACAAUAUUCGCGGUGGGGCCAACCCUUGGGCCCUCGAUCAGCCCUACGAUAGGCGGUAUACUCGCGCUCAAAGCGGGCUGGAGAUGGAUCUUCUGGUUUAUAGCCAUUUUCGCGGGUAUCCUCACUAUACUUACAGCUGUCAUUCUCAAGGAGACAUAUGCACCCAUUCUUCUAGCUCGAAGGCACGCUCGAAAACAAAACCCGCUCGGCACAACUCAAGCGCCAACGCCAGCAUCUGUGAUCCGCGCAGCAAUUGUCCGACCGGUGAAGCUACUGAUACACUCUCCUGUAACGCUCAUUCUGGCUUUGCAGAGCUCUAUUGCCUUGAGCUAUCUGAAUUUGAUUCUGUCGACCUUUGCCUUACUAUUUCAGACGCAGUACAACUUCACCACUUGGCAAUCUGGCCUUACUCUUUUUGGUCUUGGAGUGGGAUUCAUUGUUGGGCAGCUUGUAGUUGGUUCAUUCUCUGAUGGAUGGCUUAAACAUCAGAAUUCUCGUCGAAAUGAGAUUAGGCCCGAAGAUCGUCUACCGCCAUUGAUCAUUGGGUCCAUUUUAAUUCCUACGGGAUAUUUUUGGUGUGGUUGGUCCAUCGAGUACCAUACUCACUGGAUCGUCCCCAUCAUUGGAAGUGCUCUUGUUAGCACUGGAGCGAUGUUUUGCUUUCUCCCAGUCUCAAUGUAUUUGAUAGAUGCUUAUACUGUAUUUGCUGCUAGCGCCACAGCGGGCAAUAUCAUGGUUCGUUCGAUUGUUUCAGCUAUUCUACCGUUGGCGGCGGAACCACUUUAUGGAAAAGUAGGCUAUGGAUGGGGAGAUAGCAUUUUUGCGUUCAUAGCUCUUGCUUUUCUACCUGUUCCGAUCUUCUUGGUCCGAUAUGGCCAUUAUCUACGGACGCAUCCACGAUUCCAAGUUCAGCUUUGA